GAUGUGCGCUGCUCCUGGCGUUCGAUGUGCGCUGCUCCUGACUUUCGAUGUGCGCUGCUCCUGACGUUCAAUGUGCGCUGCUCCUGGCGUUUGAUGUGUGCUGCUCCUGGCGUUCGAUGUGUGCUGCUCCUGACGUUCAGUAUUCUAUCCUCCCUCCAGCCUCCCCUUCAGUCUUCUAUCUUCCUUCCAUCCCCCUCUUCAGUCUUCUGUCCUCCUUCCAUCCCCCUCUUCAGUCUUCUGUCCUCCCUCCAUCCCCCUCCAGUCUUCUAUCCUCCCUCCAGCCUCCCCUUCAGUCUUGCACAGGUGUAACAGCUCCUCCCCUUCAGUCUUCCACAGGUGUACCGGCUCCUCCCCUUCAGUCUUGCACAGGUGUACCGGCUCCUUCCCUUCAGUCUUGCACAGGUGUACCGGCUCCUCCCCUUCAGUCUUGCACAGGUGUACCGGCUCCUCCCCUUCAGUCUUGCACAGGGUGUACCGGCUCCUCCCCUUCAGUCUUGCACAGGUGUACCGGCUCCUCCCCUUCAGUCUUGCACAGGUGUUCCGGCUCCUCCCCUUCAGUCUUGCACAGGUGUACCGGCUCCUCUCCUUCAGUCUUGCACAGGUGUGCCGGCUCCUCCCCUUCAGUCUUGCACAGGGUGUACCGGCUCCUCCGCUUCAGUCUUGCACAGGUGUACCGGCUCCUCCCCUUCAGUCUUGCACAGGUGUACCGGCUCCUCCCCUUCAGUCUUGCACAGGUGUACCGGCUCCUCCCCUUCAGUCUUGCACAGGUGUGCCGGCUCCUCCCCUUCAGUCUUGCACAGGUGUACCGGCUCCUCCCCUUCAGUCUUGCACAGGUGUACCGGCUCCUCCCCUUCAGUCUUGCACAGGUGUGCCAGCUCCUCCCCUUCAGUCUUGCACAGGUGUGCCAGCUCCUCCCCUUCAGUCUUGCACAGGUGUACCGGCUCCUCCCCUUCAGUCUU